AUGUUUGAGUUUAUAACAUCUUUUUUCUCAACUGCCGCACCCCCGCUCUUUCCACCAUCUGGUCCAACAGUGACUGUCUUGAUUAUUCCAGCCAAUGGCGCACCCCCAAGAAUAGAACGCCUCGGAACCGUUAACGUACGAAAUGAUGGCAGAAUCGACCGCUUUCUUCACUACGUACCUGAUAUGAGGCCAUACUGGAAAAAUGAUUUUGGCUGGAGUUGCCGAGACAUAGCACGAAUUGACAUCACGAACCAUGUUGUCCCAGCUUUGAACGGAUUUUAUUAUGGCUUUAAGAGCUAUGACGUAUAUGAUCUACCGAUGUCGAAGCACGGUCGCGGGAUCUAUGGAGAUGCUUGUAUUACAAAGAUGGCACCUGAAAAGUAUUGUGCGCGUGGAUUCAGAAUUAUCAAAUGGGGAGAGGAAGAGAUCGACGACCUUAAGAACGAGCUGUCAAGAUUUGCAGUUUAUGAUGAUAUUACUAUGGAUGUUGUUGACACAGGGCUGUGGAAGGAGCUUGUAGAGAAACUAUCUAAGGUUUGA